AAUCUCAUCCCCAUUCACCGAAUUAGGCACCCGGAUGUUUCGCUCGAUAGGUGUUGCCCAGACAAGUCUUGGCGUACUGUCCGCCUUGACAGGGCUCGCAGUGUUUAUUACCCUUCUGCAGAGUACGCCUUCGUAUAUCCAGCCUCGUACCGAUAAGUGUCUCGUCCCUACCCUCGCCGCGGAAGACCAACUCCUCCCGAUCCCGGGCCUCGAUCGUCUCGUCUGAAUCCUCGUACCUUACUUCGUCGACUCUUCGCGGACAGAUUAUGGACGCCUUGUGGUUCAAUUGCUCGUGGCCUUUCUUGGCCCGAUCACCCUGCUGGAAAUAGUCGAGGGCAGUCGCGUGGGGAACCAUUGGACCAUGCUUGCCUGCAUGCCAUUCACUGCCCUCUUUUCCUAUGCAACCGGCGUCGAAAUUUAUCUGCCGCUACUGUUUGUUCCUCUGAUGAUUAUGGCCUGGCCUAGGCUAGAAUCCACUGCCGGUGCAAGCUCUAUACCCUUGCCUCGGGUGUACUCCAUCCUGGUUACUCAUGUGCUGAACCUGGUUUCACUGAUCUUUUAUCUUGCUUCAGGACCGUCCGUUGUGGGCGAAGGCCUCUCUUCGUUGCCUCGAAAUACGGCCGUGAAUGUAGCGCUGCACAUAUCUCUCUGGUUUCUAUACACGCCUCUGACAUGGCUGUUAGAGAGGGCCGUCGUCUCAGCACCGCUUUCCGCGCAGGAUACGGCUCGGCAGGAUGAAAAGGCGCGACAGAUUGUUCGCACCUUGUUCUUAAUGAUGGCUGGAUUGAAUGCAGGCUUGCAUUUGGCCGCCUUGAUCGCCUUCUGGAAUGGCUCAACUCCUAUCAAGCAUAUCCUUCUUUCGUUCUCCCACCAGUUCCGCGUCGAUCAUAUUUACUACGCAUCCGCAUAUUUUCUGCUCUGGGACUUUUUCGGUGCAGUCUGCGGCAGUUUUAUGUGGAUCCUUUCAGAUACGAGGAGUGUACGGAGCGCGGCUCUGUUCCUCGCGCUCUCAGUCAUUCUGUCACCCGGAUCUGCGCUCAUGUUGUUCUGUGCACAUCGUGAGGAACGGCUGAUGAAGUGCUCUCGUUCAACAGUAGACGCAACUGCGAAGAUGACGAAGCUGCAAUAAAUACUCACCACGUUUAUUUUGAUGGAGAAAU